AUGCCUCGUCGGGUAAUUUCCGACGCGCACGAAUGGAUUAACGAGAUUCCUACUGUCCCUAUCUACCAUUCAGCGAAAUCACAGCCAAGGGAACGGGCUUGGCAAAAACAGCGGGGAAAGAAGACCCUGUUGAGCUUGACUCUAGCUAGGCAUUGUGAAGUGUCAUAUGAGGUGGUCUGUAUUCGUACUGAAAAUCAUGAUCAAGCAAACUUUUGCCCUUUUACUCUACAAGAGGUUUCUGUCCUCUUUGAGUUUGCCUUAGGACACCUACGUUACAGUUUGAUAGAUGUACCGCCCCAGUCAAACUCCCCGCCAGACAUGGUCAUUGACGUGGAUUAUUAA